UAGGCUAGUGAUGGCCAAUAAGUGAUAGCAAUACGACAUUAUUUCAAAUUUUAUUAUUAAACAAAAAUAAUUCAUUUGAUUACUUUGACCCCAUAACAACUGGAUACACUUCUAUAUUCUUAUAUAAGAAUAUAUUGGUCUUCUACUGGCUAAUAUUGUCCUGUCUUUACACAAUAAUCGGCAGUAAAUCCUGCGACAUUUCGCGCCCAAAAGAGCGGCAUCUGUUUGUUAUUGUCUGUAUGAAAUUGCGAAAUGCCAAUUGCUGUUUUUAAAUCCGUUCGUGAAGUUAGCAGCGAAGAUUCGGUGCACACAGCGGAGAACCUGCUGAAGGAAAAUGCCGGCAAAAAGUGGCGCAUCAAAUCCGGUGGCGAGAAGUCCGCCUAUGUGAUACUGGAGUUCCAGGAGGCCCAGCAAAUUACGGGCAUUGAUAUAGGCAACGAGCACUCCGCCUUCAUAGAGGCAAAGGUCAGUCGGACCAUGGCCUCGGACGAUUUUAGGGAAUUGUUGCUCUCCAGCUCAUUCAUGACCCCGAUCGAAAGCAAGAAUUCCAGCAACCAGAACCGGGUACGCUGCUUCAGUGCCUCUGCCCUAAACGAGAACGCCCUCAAGGAAAAGUGGACGCUUUUAAAGAUUAUCUGCACCCAGCCCUUUAACCGCCACGUCCAGUACGGUCUCUCCUUUGUCAAAGUGCAUGUGGUGGCUGCUCCAACGGCGAAUACUUCAGUUGCGGCUGCUCCUAAAGUAAAGUCAUUGCUUCCGGAGAAACUGAUGACGUUUGGUGGCUUUAAGUUGCGCGAAGAUUCGCCCGACUCGGAGUCUGAUUCCACGCAGUUCUCGCGUUUUCAGCGCUGGAAGAAGGAAUCGCAUCAGCAGACUCCAGCUGCCACCACCGCAGCUGCCAUACGGGAUGCUGGAUCCUCCGCAUUAAGAAGAUUAAGCAACGGUAAACCCGGAACCUCUAGUAGUGCCUCAACCACCUCGCCCGCUGCCACUUUUGGACGCUCUGGAACUGAUUCGCCGCCUGUCUCGGAUGCUAAGCGCUUGGAUCGCAAUCGAGAGUCUCUGCUGUUUGGUGAGGAGGACGAGGAUGAGUCCUUGGGAGAACUUAGCGCCAAGAAACGGCGGUUGAGUAAACAGCUGGAGGCAGACAAGGACAGGCGACGAAUCGAGCAGGAAAAAGAGAAGGAGCUGAAAAAUAGCAAGUCGAAGAGGCUUUCCCUGGAUAGGUCAGCAUCUAAAGAAGUCAAUCAGAGUAAAAAAGAGGAUAGAUCUUCGUCCAAGGAGGACAAAUCAGCCAAAAAAGGGGAUGACUCUUUAUCCAAAGAAGUUGGAUCGUCAGAAAAAAAGGACAACCCAUCUAGGAAGAUUGCUGGACAAAACAAAUCCCAUGAUACCUCCACAUCCAAAGUUAAGGAGAGUCCUCGGCCGUCUACCCAAAAGCGCCAUUCAUCGCCAUCUGGUCGAGCUGCCACACCAGCCAAGAAGCAAAAAGUCCUUGACGACACCAUUCAAUAUCGUCCUUUCAAUCAGUUGCUAAAAGGAGUGGUCCUGGUGAUCAGCGGCAUUCAGAACCCCGAUCGUGCUGAUUUACGUUCAAAAGCAACCUCUAUGGGCGCCAAAUACAAGGCCGACUGGGAGCCAGGAUGCACUCAUUUGAUUUGUGCCUUCAAGAACACCCCGAAAUACAACCAAGUCAAGGGCAAGGGAAAGAUUGUGACCCGCAGCUGGAUUGAAAAGUGUCAUUCUUUAAGGAAGUAUCUACCGUGGAGACGAUAUGCCCUGGACACGGCCGAUCUUGGCCAGCCGGAGAGCGAUGAGGAGUUGUGCGAUGAGGCGAAGAAGCCUCGUCGCGAGUCCAGCGAUGCGGAUGAUGUGGUGGUGCUAAACGAGGACAAGAAAAUGGAGUCCAUCUAUGAUGCGGAUGAACGAGAUGCGGCACAGGAUGAGGGACAGGAGGCUUCGUCUGGAAUCGAUACGGAAGACGAACUGGAAAAGGUGGCGCAAAAAAACUCCGAAAAUAAAAAGACCAAAGUCAAGACUCCCGAAAGAAGGAAAUCCGACGAUCAAUACGAUGCCAGCACCGAUGAGGAGGACUAUUUGGCGGAGAAAAAGACGCAGAUCGUUGUCCUCGACUGAGUUUCAAUAUUUAUUUUUACUCUAAAUAUUUAAAUUGUGUGUAAGUUGUUUUCCAAGUGCUUGUAAGGUAUAUUUUUUUUCAUAAAAUAAAACUAAAAGGAUCUGGAAAA